AUUGUACUUUCGGUACAAUUGCUGUACAAAAUUUGGUGCAAAUCUCAUAUUAUUUAUUAUUUAAUUUUAAGAAAUGAGAGGAUAUCCGGGAAAUUACUUCUUGAUUGGCGUAAAUCUUAUUAUAAUCUCAUUAUUAAUGGACAUCAAUGUGGAAGAAGUGAACGCCUUCUUCAUGGGUAUAGGUUUCAUGAGAAUGCGAAGACCGGUACGGGUAGUAGUGAUACGUCGGGGCAAUGGAGGGACAGUUAACUAUCCUCCCGGUUAUAAAGAGGCCAUCCUUACGAUCGCCGCAUUUUGCAUAAAGCAGGACAAGUGUGUUUCGGACGCAACUCAGGGCAAUCUCUACAAGUGUUUUAACGGUACGGAUGGAAAACAGGCGGCGUUUGUCAAUAAGUUUGAGGGCUGUGUUACGGCCAAAACCGAGGGCUGCAAUAAGCAGUCCAUCAAUGCGUUGACCACUUGUGUCGGCAAAAUGGGUCAAAAUAAGGCCAAUGGCGUGAAAGUGCCCAAAGCUAACAGUGAGUGCAUGCGAUCCGUUCUGACCGUCAAAAACCUGGAGUGUCUUCGAUCGAGAUAUAAAUCACUCGACAAACUCUUCCCAUUGAAUGCCAAACCAAAUAACGGA